GUGUCUGCAGCAGGAAGUAGCUACUGCUGCUGGAAAUGAGGCCUGCAGGAGCUGUUUCUGGGGCCUGAGGAUCCUUAGCAAGCUGACAGCCAGGCCAGGUUCAGUGGAGUCCUAAGCAAGGAUCUGCCUGGUUCUAGGAGCUUGGCCCAGACUCUGAGGAUGACCUUGGAGUGACUGCAUGCUCCACUCUAAAGAGGUGCAGUGACACCCAUCUCAGGAUUCACAUGCAGGUAUUUUUAAGUCCCUAUUACUUAGGAGCACUUAAAAUCUUCCAAGCCACUGUGGUUCUAGGGAGUCCAAAAUCAGCAGUGAACUCCCAUCAGAUCCUGGAGUUGCAGGCUGAUGGCUGUUUCUUAAGGGCAGCUAGGAAUGGAUAAGUUUGUGGUCAAAAGGCCUUUUCCAGGCAAGAAUGAACAAGCCCCCUUAGACAUGAAGGGAGGAGAGCUGGAUUGUGUGAGAGAUGGGAGAGAAAAGAAGAAGGCCUGCUCAGAAAUGCCAGAUGCAGAGGAGGCCUUGGUGCAUUCUCCAUGGAAGCAAAUCCGGGCAGAGGGUCUGAACUGUGAUUACAGGAUCUUGUUCCGCAAAGCUGAGGCUGACAGGAUUUUCCAGGAGCUGGAAAAGGAAGUGGAAUAUUUUGAAGGUGAUCUUACCAAAGUGCAAGUAUUUGGCAAAUGGCACAGCAUCCCAAGGAAGCAGGUGACCUACGGAGAUCCUGACUUAACAUACACUUACUCAGGCGUUACCUUUUCUCCUAAGCCAUGGAUCCCCAUUCUCAACCAUAUCAGAGAGUGCAUUACCCUGGCCACUGGACACACUUUUAAUUUUGUUCUGAUUAAUAGAUAUAAAGAUGGCUGUGACCAUAUAGGCGAACACAGAGAUGAUGAGAGAGAAUUGGUUCCACGGAGUCCCAUUGCAUCAGUGUCCUUUGGAGCCUGCAGGGACUUUUUAUUCAGGCAUGGUGCUUCCCGAGGGAAAAACGCCUCGUGCUACAUUGAGCCAGUCAAGCUGCAGCUGGCCAAUGGCAGCUUGCUGAUGAUGAACUACCCCACCAAUGUAUACUGGUAUCACAGCUUACCCACCCGCAAGAAGGUGGUAGCCCCGAGAAUCAAUCUGACGUUUCGGAAAGUGAUGGCUGUACCAAAAAAAGAAGUUACUUAACAACCGCAUGUCCAGCUUUAAGUGUGCCCUUUAUGUCUAAAAAUGAGAACUGUCUUUCCAUGUCAUAAGUCAGUUUCAAACACUGCCUUUUCCUUUGCUUAUGUAGCAAGUGAUGGGGACCUUGCUGUGGUACAGGCUUUGUCACAGGAGAAAAUUAGGAAAACAAACAGAUGGAAUAACAUGCUGUAGCUAAAAUACAGCACCCAUUUGAUCUUGGGUGUCAAGAUUAUAUUACUACAGCACUAGGGAAGCCUGAUGGUACAUUUUUCCACUGAUAUUCUCCUUGGCUUGGGAGGAAGGUUUAUUUUUAAGCCCAUGAUAGUUCUAUCGUUGAUCGUACCUAUUUGGGUAGGUUUUUUUCUUUCUUUUUUGGGGAGGUAGGGUGGGGGGGUAUUAAGGCUUUGUCUAUACUACAUAGCUUUUAGUGACACAAUCAAAAUUACAUGAUACAGGAUUGGACGCCACAUGAGUGGAAACCCUAAUGAAUAUUUGCUGAGAUGCUGGAGGCCUGUGCUUAUUACAGAGAUCCAUGUCUUUCUGUCAGACCAGUGAUGAUCAAAAGAGUGAGAUUGGGAUGCAUGGGAAAGACAUCUUCCUUACUAUGUAAAUGAUGACUGUGUGCUUUCCAUAAGAUCAUUCAGUACUGGGAACUUCAGACCCAAGUGAGCCAUCUGCACCAUGGAAUAUGGCAUCAGAAUCAGGACACCUGCAUCAAAGUAAUCAGUAGUGAGUUGUAGCUGGGAAAAGGCAGACCAGUUUCAGGUGUCACCUCUGUCAGCUAGAGAUCAUCUAAGUGCUGAGGUGCCACAACCUGCUCAGGGCUGUGAACUGCUUUUUGGUUGCAGACAUGAGUGGAUUCAAAAUUGCAGUGGGCUUUGUCUCUCUACUUAUUGGGUACCAUGGUGGGUGACCCUGGCCUGUUGUUGUCUGUGGUGCAAUGCUUCUUCCUGCCCAUUUCAGGUAUUGGCUAUGUGGAAGAAUACUUGCCUGCUCCACAACAUCCAGUAGCAGAGGGGUACCAGUACUCAGACGGAGUAUGUGCCUGGGAGCUACACAGGGCACUUGUCAAAAGAGGCAGAGGAGGUUUACGUGUUUUUUUUUAGUUUCAGGGUCUAAAGAGGCCCUCCCUAGGUUUCUGUUGUAGAAAAAGUGGCAUACUGAACCUUUAUCAGGGAUCUACACUUGUGCUAGAAGAGUGGAGAAUGUCAGUCACUGAGCUGAAUAGCAGCUUCACACAAGGGACAAGUUUUAAAUUCUGAGGAUUUAGUCUCAGCCACAGUGGCUAUGUACCUAGUACCAGUGAUAGCUCCUACACAUACACUUGUUGGAAGUGCAUUGAUAUGUAACAAAAACACGUAACUAAUACAUUAUAUUAACCUAACUAUCAUUGGUCAGAGUGCAGAGUGUAUGGAUGCUACCAGUAUUGUGUGUGUCUGCCACAGGCAGUAGGAAGGAACCAGUUGGCCUCUACAUGCCCUCAGUUUUUGCCUACAGGUAUAUCCCCAAGAGACCGAAAGAAUCCAAGCUCAUACUAAGGGGGUCCGCCCCCACAAACACUCCAAGAACUGGCUGCCUAUACCUCUGCUGGUCUAGCCUACAUGUUGAUAUUUUAUCAUGUAUGGAGGAUUUGUUAUACCAAUUAAAAACUCAUGCU